AUGGCACAGAAGAAUACAAAAUUAAGCACGACAACAUCAUCAAAACAAACAAGUACAAUGUCCAAACCAGUUAACAUUCAAUCUUCAGUUAAAACUAUUCAAUCUCAAGAACAAUCAAUAGUCAAGACUACUUCAAUUAAAUAUCCACAAGAUAUUAUUGAAAAUUAUAUUAUUAUUUGGUUAGAUCCAAAUCUCGAUUUUUCGAAAGAAGAAAAUGAAAAAUUAAUUAAUCAACUUCGAUCUAUUGUUAAUACUAUAGAAACUUUAACUGAUAUUAAUCAAUGUAUUAAAUUUCUUGAACAAAUCAAAAAUGAAAAAGUCUUUUUAAUUAUUUCUGAUUGUUUUAUUAAAGAGAUUGCUUCAUUCGAAGAAAAAUUUACUCAACUCAAUUCGAUCUAUAUAUUCUGUAAUCGAAUAUUAAAAUCUAAUGAAAUUAUUCAAGCAUAUAAAAAAGGAAAAGGUAUUUUUACUCAAAUGAAACUUCUUUGCAAUGAACUAAAAAAAGAAAUUCAUCAAUUAAAUCAUGAUUUAUUACCAAUUAGUAUUAUUUCGACAUCAUCUAGUACUAAUUUGAAUGAACUCGAUCCAUCAUUUAUGUAUUUUCAAUUAUUGAAAGAAAUUGUUUUCAAAAUGAAAUACGAUCGUAAGAUUGACAUACAACAACUUACUAAUUAUUGUCGUCCAAUUUAUGAUAAAGAUGAAGACGAGAGAAGAAGAAUUAUUGAAUUCCAAGACAAUUAUAGUCAACAAACACCAAUUUGGUGGUACACUCUAGAAUGUUUUCUUUAUCAUAUGCUUAAUAAGGCUUUAAGAACUAUGGAAAUUGAAACUAUUAUUAAAAUGGCAUUUUUUAUACGAGAUCUUCAUGAGCAAAUCAAACAACUUCAUUUAAAAUUAGAUAUUAAUGAAAUUCCGACUACUCUAUAUCGAGGUCAAGGUAUGUUCAAUGAAGAUUUUGAAAAAUUAAGGAAAACAAAGGAUGGUCUAUUGUCUUUUAAUUAUUUCCUCUCGACAACAACUGCAAUAACUAUUGCCAAAAGAUUUGCUAGUUCAAAUCAACAUGAUUCCAAAAAGACAGCUAUUCUAUUUGAAAUAAAAAUUGAUCCAUCAAUUUCAUCUGUUCCUUUUACUCCAAUUAGCAACCUAAGUGAUUGUCCUUUAGAAGAAGAAAUUCUUUUUUCAAUGUCAAGUGUCUUUCGAAUCGGUAUCGUAGAAGAAAUCGAUGAUCAUCUAUGGAAAGUUAAUUUGACAUUGACAGAUGAUAGAGAUCCAUUACUCAAACGUCUUACUGAUCAUAUGCGAAUAUCACUUGGUGAUGGAAGUGGAUGGCGUCAACUAGGUCAAUUAAUGAUUAAGAUGGGGAAAUUUGACAAAGCUUUAGAGAUUUAUAAUGUAUUACUCAAAAAUGUUGAUUCUAAUGACAAAGCAGAAAAUGCUUUUCUACAUAAUCAAUUGGGAUAUAUUUGGAAACAAAAAGGUGAAUUAAAAGAAGCAUUUUCUCAUUAUGAAGAAUCCGUUAACAUUAGUCGAACAUAUAUGUCCGAUAUUGAUCCUCGACUCUCUAGUAUAUAUUCGAAUAUUGGUGGAAUUCUUAAAAAAUUAGGUGAUUCUAUUAGAGCAUUGAAAUUUUAUCAACUUGUCCUUAUGAUUGAUCUUGCUGCUCCGAAACCUAAUCAAUUAGAAAUUGCUAUUGAUCAUAAUAAUAUUGGUUCGGUACUUGAUGAUCAGGGAAAAUAUGGUGAGGCACUCAAAAGUUAUGAACAAGCAUUAGAUAUUAAACUUACACAUCUUCCACCUCAUCAUCCAUCAUUAGCAAGUACUUAUAGUAACAUUGGUUUAAUACAUCGAAAAAUGGGUGAUUAUUCGACGGCAUUAUCAUUCUAUGAUAAAACGCUUCAAAUUCAACAAAAAUCUUUACCACCUAAGCAUCCAUCAUUAAUUGUCACUCAUGGAAAAUUAGCCAUAGUAUUAGAAGAUCUUCAUCGAUAUGAUGAAGCUAUUGGACAUGCUGAGAAAGCUGUCAAUAUUGCUACAGAUGCAUUCGGAUCUCAACAUCCAGAAGUAGAAAAACGACAACAAUAUCUCGAUAAACUUCAACAAGAAAAUAAAAAUGCCAUUAAACAAUGA